CAAAUAUCGCCCACUCCACAUUUGUAGAAAUUACUCACUCCCCCAAAUCCUCCAAACCCUGACAGCCAUGGUAGUGCCUUUGGGUCCCGGAAAGUUUUAUGGCUCCAGUCUGCCUCGCCCGCGAAUAUAUACAGACGUCAAGCACAGCGACGAGCGGGUGGAUCCGCCCGUCCCGGUGCUAGAUCCUUUUAUGUCGUGGGCCAAAGAGGCUCACUGGUCCAUGGGCGGGCUCAGUUUCAAGCGCCUUCGCCUCCAGGGCCGCAUCGAAGGCAACGUGACCAAGCUCCGCGCCGAACGCGAAAAGUCCAUGACGAACCAAGAUCGUAGGAAAUUCGAUUCUCCAAAUGUAUCGGUCCCACCUGUGCCGAAGAAAGCAGUUACUGUUUCACGUUCGGAAUCCCCUCCGCCGGCUCCUAUCGCGACGAAGAGGCGGAGAUAUAUGGCUCUGGUUGAUGAUGACGAGGAAGAGGAAGGUAAUGUGGUUAAGAGGAGGUUGGUUAAGAAGCUUGGGGAUGAUUUUGAUAGGGUAGCAAUGGAGAACACGAGGAUCAAAGUGGAUCCAGUGAAGGAAUCGUGCCAAGAGUCGGUUUCGGGUAUCGUGGGCAUUAGGACACGGAGCAGGGGAGUGGAGGAAGUGCGUGAGCAAGAACGUCAAUCGAGUUCCAAGGGCAAGGGAAAGAAGUCGAAAGGUAGUUCUAGUUCCGCAGGCGGGAGUGGGGUUAGAACCUCUCCAAGACUGGCAAAGGAGAAGGGUGGGUCUAGUUAGAAAUCGAUUGUAUUUUGAUUUAAUUGUAUGCUUUUAAUUUUGUUUUAGAUUAGGUUUGAUGCAAUCGUGUUUGUACGCCCAUGUCCGUUUCUUGUUUGGCACAAAGGAAAAUUGAAAUUAGAAACUGUACUUUCAUAAA